UCGCGCCAAUGAACGAGUUGAUAGCUAAAACUAAUAAUCAGCAUUUUUAGGCUAUAAAAGAGUUAGCGCCAUGUGGCUCAAUCUCUUUUUCGCGUGUAGAUCGGUGCAGUGAGGUUUAAGUAUUUGACUUUAAGAAAAGUGAAUAAUAAAGUGUUUUUUAAAAACUCGUUUGUUCAAAGAACAAACAUAACUGGCGCAGCGCGGUGCGGAUAAGUAUCGAAGUGAACUAAAAGAGACCCAGCGACAGGAACCGAGAAAAGCCACGUCAUCCAACAGGGGAUUAAUCACCAGGAACGACGCUUCAUCGAGGAACGACAGCUAAGGCCCGCUUCGAUCUUGUGAACACAUGUGGAAAAUAAUAACGUAAUACGAACACAAAAACGAGGCAAACUUGAAUACACACUAUAUCUAAGAAUAACGCUACUGCUCCCACCGGUUAGCGAAUCGGAAACGCUCAACAGUUGUAGCGAUGGAUGUGGAAUCCGAAGGCGUGCAGCCAGUUCAAACGGCCGGCAAUGGCCAUCCAGCGACCAGCGACGAUGUGCAUUUGGAUUUAGCCACGCGCCGGCGAAUGUUCAUGUCACAACCCUCGACGGUGGCCAUCCGGCGGCAACAGGCAGUCUGCGUUCGUCGAGCACACAAAAUCUAUGGUACCAAGAAGAACCCCAACGUUGUCCUGGAUGGACUGAACAUGACAGUGCCGAAGGGAUCGAUCUAUGGCCUCCUGGGAGCAUCGGGUUGCGGCAAAACCACCCUUCUCUCCUGCAUUGUCGGUCGCCGUCGCCUGAACUCGGGUGAAAUCUGGGUUCUCGGUGGCCAUCCAGGAUCGCGUGGAUCGGGUGUUCCAGGACCACGGAUCGGUUACAUGCCCCAGGAACUCGCUCUUUACGGUGAAUUCACUAUUCGAGAAACGCUGAUAUACUUCGGUUGGAUCUGUGGCAUGGAAGCAGCCCAGGUGGAUGAAAAAACGGAUUUUCUGGUUAAACUGCUCCAGCUACCGAACGCCUCCAGGUUCGUGAAAAAUUUGUCCGGUGGACAGCAGCGGAGGAUGAGCUUAGCUGCGGCAUUGUUGCACUCCCCGGAACUGUUAAUUCUGGAUGAACCUACCGUUGGGGUUGAUCCUGUCCUUCGCCAGAGCAUUUGGGAUCAUCUGGUAGAAAUUGUCAAGAACGGAAUUACCACGGUGAUCAUCACAACGCAUUACAUUGAAGAAACCCGGCAGGCACACGUCAUCGGGCUGAUGAGAGGGGGAAAAUUUCUCGCCGAAGAGUCACCAGCCGACCUGCUCACUCAGUACCAUGCCGAAUCACUGGAGGACGUUUUCCUCAAACUGUCCGUUCUGCAGAACAUGGGAAAACGGCGCCGUUCCUCGAUCGCACAGGAAGUGGUGGAAGCAAUCCGCGUCCCUGCGAUAGCCAACCCAGCGUUGGAUCUGUCCCCCGAGGAGGAUCACGGCGAAAUAUCGGGUGAAUUCGGUGAUAACAUAUCCAUGUCCUCGCGCGGGCCCGACUCUAUUACACCCGAAAUCCAAGCUCCUCCGCUACCACCGGAAGAAGAAACCAAAGUUCCCCUCAUCGAGUACUUUAAGUUCAUCAAGCUGCGUCACAUGCAGGCGCUCAUCUGGAAAAAUUUCCUCUGGAUGUGGAGAAAUGUUGGAGUGAUGGCGUUCAUAAUUGGUCUGCCGGUAGGACAAAUCAUACUCUUCUGUUGGGCUAUCGGACACGAUCCGGUGGGUUUGAAGGUGGCAGUCACGAAUCACGAGCUGGAACAGGCCAAUAUUUCCCUUUUAGAGUGUCCAAUUUAUUCUGGGUGCAAUUAUACGAUGUUGAGUUGUCGAUAUUUGGAAAAUUUGAAAAAUAGGAGCGUCGAUGUGCAACUAUAUGAAACUGAGGCGCAAGCCCGGGAACAGGUAUCCCGAGGUAGGGCAUGGGCCUCGAUGGUCUUCUCACACAAUUACUCCGAAGCCCUAGUUGAGCGAUCGGAAAGUAUACGAAACGUGGAAGAGUGGACUCUGGACGCUGCCAGUGUUGCCGUCACCAUGGACAUGUCGAAUCAACAGAUCGGAACGCUGCUCUAUCGGGACAUACAAUACGCGUAUUUCUCUUUCAUCGAAAGCAUCCUUCGGGACUGUGAUGUGAACCCGUCCAACGGACGUCUGCCGAUUCAGUGGAAUAAGCCAAUUUACGGCGAAGUGACGCCAAACUUUACUGACUUUGCGGCACCUGGAGUUAUUCUAACAAUAAUUUUCUUUUUGUCAGUUGCACUAACCUCUGGUGCGAUGCUGAUCGAACGAAAUGAGGGCAUUCUGGAGCGGUGUUUGGUUUCCGGUAUCACCGGUGUGGAAAUUUUGUUUUCUCACGUGACGACCCAAUUUCUGGUGAUGUGUGGCCAAACGGCUCUGGUGAUUGCGUUCAGCUUCUACGUGUUCGAUAUCACCAACCAUGGGGAUAUAGUGUGGGUGAUACUGCUUACAAUACUGACCGGAUUAUGUGGAAUGUGUUUCGGGUUCGUCGUUUCCUGCUCCUGUGAUAACGAACGCUCCGCCACUUACAUGGCGAUGGGGAGCUUCCUCCCAAUAGUGAUGUUAUGUGGUAUCAUCUGGCCCAUCGAAGGGAUGCAUCCGCUGGUGAAGAUCUUCUCCGUAUUCUUGCCCCUCACCAAAUCAACCGAAUCUCUUCGUUCGAUGCUGCAGCGCGGCUGGCAGAUUCAGAACCCGAACGUGUAUCUAGGGUUCGCCUCCACCGGAAUCUGGAUUGUGAUAUUCCUGACAGUUAGUAUACUGCUGCUCAAGUUUAAAAAGGGCUAGGCCUGAUUUGUCUCAAAAUAUAGUUUAUGUUAAUGAUAAAGGCUUAUUAGGGAAUAGUUUAACACACUGUUGUUAGGUAGGAAUACAGAUUUGCCAAGCAAUCAAUUCUUAUGAAUUUCCACUAGCUUAUGCUGACUUCGUUGUAUUUCCAAACGGAGAGAACUGACAAGAGGUAAUUUCGAUGAUUUUAUGUUGUGUGCUAAGAUAGACCAUGUAUUUGUAUAUAAUCCUGACAAUUAAUUUAUAAAUCCCUCAAAAAGAUCUAUUCGACUCUAGAUUAGAUUGUAGUGUCUCCCCGGGUAAUUCCUAUGUGAUGGUUUACUUCUGAGCCUCUAUGCUCGUUACCGAUGCGCUCGACGAAGCGCAAGUAAAUAAAACUAAUUAUUCGGAAUCCACCAAA